AAAGCUUAUUUAAAAAGCAAAAGAAAUCGAUGGAAGGCACCGAUAGUUAUAAUUAUGAUGAAAUGGAUCUAGAUGAAUUGAUGUUACCUCCUCCGACAUUGAUUCGUUAAAAUGCAUUCAUUGAAGAAGAAGAAGAGACUCCAUAAUUCAUACUUACAACUUAAACGGAUUCUUCAUAUAAGGAGGAGGAGUGUCCCAUAUGUUUUUGUCAUCUAAAUGAAGAAAAUACUGUUAAAUUAUUAUGUGGACAUGUCUUGUGUUAAGAUGAUUUAAAUCAAAUUAUCUCGAUAUAACAUUCAUAAACCUUAAAAUGUCACAUUUGUAGGGCUCUCUAGAUAGUAAAUUAAUCUUUUAUUUGUAUUAAAUGA